UCCGCUUCCAAAUCAUACGAACACAUCAAUCAAACUAUUCAUCCUGGUACUUCUAACCCAUCUACAAAUCCUUCUACCAACCCUCUACCCCUAACCCCCAACCUCCAACAACAUGCGCGUCGCAAUCGCCGGCUCAGGAGACGUCACCCGCUACCUCAGCGAAGAGCUCGUCGCAGCAGGCAUCGACGUAGUCAUUCUCUCCCGCUCCUGCAAACCGCAGUUCGAAAACCGCCCAGGCGUCCACCAACACGUCACCGACUACUCUGUCCCAUCACUGAUCGAGGGCCUGCAAGGUUCCACGACCCUCAUCUCCACGGUCCUCGACUACACGCAAGCUUACAUAGACGUCCACAUGAGGCUCAUUGAAGCCGCGCAGAAGGUGUCUAGUGUCAAGCGCUUCAUUGCUUCCGAGUAUGGUGGUAAUGUGGAGGACUUCCCCGACCAGCCUGGUUUUUACGGGCGUAUUCAUGGCCCAGUGCGGGAAGCGUUGCGUGGGCAAGAUCAAUUGGAAUGGACGAUGGUGGCUGUCGGCUGGUUGAUGGACUAUAUUGUUCCAGCCAAGAAUCGAUACAUGAAAGACAUCGAGGACGCGUUCCCGAUCAAUUUGAAGACGAAGAAGGUGGAGAUCCCGGGCACGGGAAACGAGAAGUUGGAUUUCACGGCUGUGCGGGAUAUGGCGAGAGGAAUUGCGAAGCUUGUGCAGACGCCGGACUGGGAGGAAAAUACGUACAUGUCGGGUGAGAAGAUGACGUGGAAUGAGAUUACUGCGCUUGUUGGUGAGAAGUAUGGGGGGUUUGAGGUGAAGAAGAAGAGCCUCUACGACCUCAUUCAGGAUGUUGUUGAGGCGAGCAAAGAGGGGGAUGAGUGGAAACUCAUCGGUGCCGAGUACAAGAUCUUCUCCCCGAGUGGCGCGGGAGACCUGCCGGUGGAAAGGGUGCAAAGGCACCAGAAGACAUAUUUCGAAGGAUUGAAAUUCAGGACGUGUAAGGAGCUUUUGGAUGAGGUUGAUAGCAGGCCGGAUGCGAUCUUGUGA